CGAUAUGUCGAUGGACCCUGGUAACAUUACAAUUUGACUGACCCGCCUUUCUCUGGCUCGCUAUAAAUUAAUGACAAACUUUUUGUUCCUGUAAAAAAAAAAAAAAAAAAUCCCAGCAACAAGCCUCAUCGUGUAUCUAUGUCAUGUGCGUGACAUAAAGAUGCAUUUUGCCGUGGAAAUCUUUGCGGUUGCGGAUCAAAAAACAACUUUAUAACCGGACUUCCCAAACACGCUGCACUGGGACAGGAUGUUGUAUUCUUCCUCCUCCUCCCCUUAUUUUUCUUUGGUGACAGACAGACAGACGCGCAGACAGACAGGUCCUUCUUAAGGGAAAUUAUAGGCACCGAUUUACAUUGACAGGCUACAGUUGUGCGCCAACUGUAUAUAAGAACUACAGUAACCAGUUCACCCCGCGAAGUUCGUGCAAAUCGGCCAUCCGCAUUUUUUCUGGAUGAUGUGCGCAGAAAAAUAGGGCGUUGUGGAGACUCCCUCGUUCAUUCGCAGGGAAAAAGUCACUGUUCUUAAAGAAGUAGUCGAGCGUAGUGUAUCUACAAGAGAGCUGAAAAAAAAGGAGGAGGGGGGGUGGGGGGUGAAAAAAAAAAAGGAAAAAGGCGUUUUGACUUGAUCCGAGUCAUAGAGCAGGAUAGCCCCAAUGUGUGCAGAGAGCAGGCUCUGCGUAAAGAACCGCAGACGCCAGAGAUAAGCUGAAAUUUACAUUGGCAAGACUAGUUUACAAGCCAUUCAGGCUUUUUGGACCUGUUAGUCCGUCCACGCGUGAGACUGAUAAGGAUUUUAAUUAGGGGGUAAUUCACUCCGGUCUCUGGCUCACAAGCAGGAAAAAAAAAAAAAAAAAACAAAACCAAACCUAAAAAUUGUGUAUCCAGGAGGGUGUUACAAUAGCAGCCCGCUUUUGAGGAAGACAUGGCUAAGUUGUUCCGAGCUGCUAUCAUGGGUCCACCGGGAUCAGGUAAAGGAACGAUAUCCAAGAGGAUUGCGCAAAGCUUUGGCCUGCAAUAUCUGUCCAGUGGCCACUAUCUGCGAGAGAGCAUAGCGGCGAAUACAGAGGCAGGUGAGCUGGUGAAGAGCUAUGUAGAAAGGAGCAUGCUGGUACCUGACCAAGUGAUGACCAGACUGAUGCUGCCCAGACUGGAACAGCUGAGCAGCCACAACUGGCUGCUGGACGGUUUUCCGCGAACGCUGGCGCAGGCCCUGGCCUUAAACAGCUUGUAUCAGCUCGACUUGGUCAUCAGCCUCAACAUACCCUACGAGACUCUGAGAGAGAGACUGAGUGACCGCUGGAUCCAUCCAGCCAGCGGUAGAGUCUACAACAUGGGCUUCAACCCGCCGCGAGUGCAGGGUAAGGAUGAUCUCACCGGGGAGCCACUGAUUCAGCAUGAUGACGACAAACCAGAGGCCCUGAUGGCCAGAUUGAGACACUACAAGGAUGUGGCCAAGCCCGUCAUAGACUUAUACAAGUCACAGGGAAUCCUCCACUCAUUUUCCGGUACAGAGACGGACCGGAUCUGGCCUUAUAUCAACUCUCUCCUCAGCACCAAGUUGCACACACCGCCGUCAGACGCCUGCCAAACCCAGACAUCCUGACAGUACUCUGGAAGAAAAGACCACAGGGAAACAUCAGGAGGCCGUCCCGAGGACGUGGGUCGAUGCUUCUCCAUGCUGGACCUGGUGUCGGCUUUCAGCCUCCUCAUUAGUGGUGGGGUUUGGAGAAAUGGACCAAGACACUGAUUUUGUGAUUCGAUCACCAGUUGGUUUUUUCAAAUGAAUGAUUGUAUGCACAAGAUUUAUACUAUAGAUUUGUGUUGAAUUCCGCACCAUUAUAGUGAAAUGUCCACGUUCUUCAAGGCAAAACUAAUCACUUCUUCAAAUCUUAACUUUAGACGCUAAGUGCUCAUCGUUAAGCAAUUCUUUAGAGAUUUGACUUUUUAUUUUUAAAUCGCUAAAUGCUGAAUAUAAAUGUUGACCAGAGAAAGCCAAAUGCAGAGGAAAAAGGUAAAUACAGAAUGCAUUUUUUUUUUUUUUUUUUUUUAGUUAUUCAAUUCAAUUAGAAACCAACAACAGAAAGGUAAAGUUCGUGAAUAUUGAUCCUAAAACCAAAAUAUAAAGUGUUUCUCUCCAACAUUAAAUAUGUGAAACCAAACUCUAUCUAUUAUCUUUACAAAUGUGAUUAAUUACACUUUAAAGUAUAUUUUUAUACCGAAGCAAACAAUAUCAUUUUGUUACCUCUAUGAAUAUACUCUAUAUAAUACUGGUGUGAAACUCUUCAAUUACUUUUCAGUGUUCAAGUGCUUCAUGACUUUCUUAAACUGAUUGUGAGCGUUACUGACACUGUGUUGUGGUAUGUCUAAAACCAAAAUCAGUCUUUUUUUUUUUUUCUCAUUUAUUUUUCCCUCAGAAAACUGAAACUGUUGCAAGCCUGUGAGCUACGAUGCCUUCAAGUCACAUAUCUGUUAAAUAUGCAAAACUAUCCCGCGGAACCAGUUUCUGAUUCUUUGGCUUUAUUGGCUCAGUGUUUCAAUUACGUCAAAAACAACAACAACAACAACAACAACUUUAAAAAAAGGCUGCUCGAUUAGUAGGUAAUAGGUUACGUUUAAGAUCCUGACAUGGUCAUAUAUGUAUAGGUCUUAUUCUUCAGACUGUUUGAAUGUAUUAAUCAUUGUUGCAGGAUGAACAACAUUUAAAAAUGUCUCACUUCUUCAUUUUUUUUUUAUUUCUUAUUUUUAUAAAUGAUUAUUUAAGGCUCACGGUGAUUAUCCACAAUACAGAAUAGCUUAUGAUCCAUCGUUUGAAGGUAAAAAUGAUCAGCCUUGUUAGUGAUAAUGCUCAAAACAGCACAAAAUGUGAGUUUGCCCUUUACAGUAACACGAGCACACGAGUGACCAAUGUGCAGUGAGGCCAACAGAUAAGUUUUUAUUGUAUACUGCUCUCUCUAUGCUGGUCCUGCAGUUUUGAAACUUUCUAUUAAGUUUUUAUCACCUUCAUUUGUUUUGAAGCCUAUAAUUAGCAACAUAAACUAAUUCAGUGAUUGACAAUAGGUAACACAGUGAAUGCAAGAAAUGUUUUUCCAUCAUUUCCUUUAUGAAGUUAAAACUGCCUUCUUUUGGUGUUUUCCAACCUUACAGACAACACACAAAGUCAAACGUUUCUCGUCUCAUUUGUAGUUUUGUGGGUUUUUUUUUUUUUUUGGUUUGUUUGUUUUUGUUUUCCUUAUCUGGGGUGCAAGUAUCGUGGGUGUGGUAUCUUUUUUGAGUAUCAUACUGUAGAAGGAAGCCCAAAGAAGGAAACAAACACUAACUCUUUCACUCAUUACAGUUUUUUUGCUUGGGUGACUGCUGGAUAAGAUGCCUACGCAAGCAAGACGUCAGCGUCUUGCCCGUCCUCGUCUUGGUGGCUUCGGGCAGCAAAAGUCUGUGGAUGUUCAUUUGGUGAAGCAGGAACAGGUCUAGAGAGUCUGUGGAGAGCAGUUUACUCACGCUUUGGUUUUUGUAGGGGAGUUCAGUGUGCCUGCUCAGUCUGUGUCGUUGAAUGAAUGGGCGUGGCGUGAAAAGUGUUGGUACCAUGCUGUCCAACCAUGUUGAAUUACCAGAACAAUAAAACUAUUUUCUCAUGGCUGCUUUCCUUGUCUUUAUAUCUGCUUAGUUGUAAUGCAAUAUACAGUGUCUACUGUACACGCAUACCCCCUCUAUUGUUAAUGUAAUCUACUGUAUGUUAAGAUAAUGUUUCAGCUAAGUCAUU